AUGCGCUGGGGGCAUCGCCUGAGAGCUCAGGGAGCGGAGGGGGCUCCAAACUCCUCCGCCUCGGAGUUGGUCGAGCUCUCCACCGACUCUGCGGAGUUCGCCUCUCUCCCUCAAAGGGAGGAGAAGGCUGCUCCGGAGCGUGACCUGGGCUUCAACGAGCUGCGCCUUCCCACGGUGCAAGAGGAGAUCGCGAAGAAGUUUCAUCCUGCCGUAUGCGUGGGCCAAGCCCUCCAAGCUGCCAUCACCCUCACUGGUCUCAGCAUCAAGGUAGGUGCUGCGAUGCGCGAAUGCAAUGCUUGGUUUUACAGUCCGCGCUACGCCUACCGGGUGAACCCGAUCACCGGCAAAAGCGAGCAGGUCGUCAAAGGCAAGCCGGUGAUUACGAAUGCCCGCCGCCUGAAGGAAAGAAGGCAUCCACUGCUACGGAUCGAGGAGUCUCUCAGGAAGCCGCUGGCAAAGCUGCCUACGGUGCCAGGUCUUGAGCACAUGCGAUCCAACCUCUGGAACACAUCCUUUUCCAAGGCAUGGGACGCCGGAGACGAGCUCGAGGAGUUCAAGCGCUUGGGUGAGACUGCCUACAACGUCACGGAGUGGGACCUCUCCUUGCCCAACAUGAGCUUCAGCUUGGGAGCUGAGUGGACCCUCGAAGGCUGGCAUUACCUCUUGGCUCACGGGGGCGUGAUUUGGGACACCCGCGAACGCCUUGGAAAUUCGACGAAAUCUGGACUCUCGGUCCCUUGGACCGAACACGGCAGACUGCGGUGCAAAUUCUAUCGUAUUGUCGUACGCCGGACUUAG